GUCGCGUGUAUGUGACGCUGCUGCCGGCGUCGCCGUCAUCGUCGUCGUCGUUAGCGCUGCCAUCGCCGCCUUUGGCUCGCAUAUCUGUUUUUUCGGGCCGACUUCAUUUGAAUUAGUCGCUUCGUGACGUUUGAACGGUUCGAAACAUACACGCGACCGCAGGACACACACGUACACACACACACGACUCGAGAAGAUACUAAGCGAGGCGUUACCGUUACCGUUACGAUCUCAUUCCGACGCCAAACCGUAUACCGUUAACUCUUUUUGAGAAGUAUGUGAUACAAUUUCGAACGCUCACAUGUGAAUGGCAAAAAAGACUAUUUCUGAGACAGUUAUCUGUGUGCGUUGCCUGAAGAUGGACGUCUUGUAAUUCUAACGGCAUUUACAAACACUAACAACAAUAAAUAAAAACAAUUUUUAUAACUCUUUCGGAAAUUCAAUAAUUAAAUUAAACGUGAAAUGUGCUAAGCAGUGCUACGAAUUGUGCCAUAAUUAUGCAAAGCUGAUCACAGAGACUCAAGUCUAUUAUUCAUGUUUUAAUACAAACAGAAAAGAGCUUCAAAGAGGAUAUUUCGAAAUUAAAGUACGCUUUGCUUACGAUAUUUAAUGACUGUGAACGAGGUGCAACAACUUUGAAGCACGUCACGUGAGGCAACAACGCGUUUGCCAGGGCAUGUUAAAGGACGCCGAGGAGCUGAUAAAACGCUGCAAACUGACGUCGCUGCCGUUGGCCCUGCACAUGAACGACUACGGCCGCCAGGUGGCGCCAGCGCCGCUAGCGUUGCCACUGCCGUUGCCGCUGCCCCUGCCACUGCUGGCGAAGCCACCGACGACGAUGACGACGACACCGUCCAGCAUGGAUCACCAUCAUCACCAGCAGCAGCAUCAUACUCAUCAUCAUCAUCAGCUGCAACAGCAUCAUCAUCAGUUGCCGCCACCUUCACACAGCCAGAGCCACGCCCAUGUCCAUGCCACACCGCCCACAACGCCGCCCACGCCGCCACCGUUGCCCCUUAACAUGAGCCAAACGGCAACAGCCACUGCAGCUGCAUCUGCCACAGCAACAACAAAUGCAACAACGACGGCAACUUCUAUAACAACCGCAACUGCAACGUCGAGCAAUCGAUCAACGCACAGUCCGCCUGCCACGCCCACCCCUAUUGGCGCCAAUUCGACUGCUCCCCAGGAUCAUUACAGCUUGCGCUGGAACAACCAUCAGAAUCACAUCCUGCGCGCCUUCGACGCCCUGCUCCAGACUAAGACCCUGGUGGACGUGACUCUUGUCUGUGCCGAGACCUCGAUACGUGCCCACAAAAUGGUGCUGUCCGCCUGCUCGCCCUUCUUUCAGCGUGUCUUCGCCGAAACCCCCUGCAAGCAUCCUGUCAUCGUGCUCAAAGACUUUCGUGGCUGGGUCGUCCAGGCCAUAGUUGACUUCAUGUAUCGCGGCGAGAUCAGUGUUCCCCAGCAGCGUCUGCAGACGCUCAUUCAGGCGGGGGAAUCGCUGCAGGUGCGUGGCCUGGUGGAGAGCUCGGUGCCUGAGCAUACACCCACUCCAGCCGCCUCGCCCGAUGACUUCAACUUGCUGGACACCUCGCUGCUCUCAUCCAGCUUCGAGGACGAGUCACCCUCGAUGGUGCGGCCAGCAGCGGGCAAGCUAAUAAUGCCUUCUCGACUCUUUGGUAAUCCGGCCAGUGCGAUGGCAGCGCUCAGCUUGCGCCGCAAGCGGGAGCAGGAGUCGGAACGGGAGCUGGAGAGUGAUCAGGAGUUGGGUGGCAGUUCGCCGAUGCCACGUCGCAAACAGGCGCGUCCCAGACGCAGAUCGGGUGAUAUGCCUCAUGACUUUGCGCUGAACAAGACAUCGGAGACAUCGCUGCCAGCGGUGGACACAAUUCAGGCUGUGAUCAAGCAUGAGUUGCGGGACGAUCAGGAACCGAGUGAUAAACAGCGUGAUGGGGAGGAUAGUCCCAUGGGAGAAGAGGACGAACCGCCGCAGUCCCAACAGCAACAACAACAGCAAAGUAAUGAGCCUGAGGCAGAACAUGAAACGGAGUUGGAGGAUGUCGAGCGUGGAGAUCGGCAACAGGAUAAGACGGGGAACAGCAAUCAACAGACCGAACAUGAGAUAGAUGAAGAGGACGAUGAGGAUCAAGCGCACGAUCACGAGCUCGAUCACGAACAGGAACAGGAUCAGGAGCACGAUGAUCAUGAGCACGAUCACGAUCAUGAGCAUGUGCACGAUCUAGUUGACGAUGAAGGUCCCGAACAGGACGACGACGAGGACGAACAGGACAUCGAAGAGCUUAUACACACGACCAACGAGCUGCGUCGCCAGGCGGCCGUCGCCGCUGCAAAUGCAGCAGCCAUGUCCCCGUGUCCCAGCGAUGGUCCCGAGGAUCUGUGCACCACCAAAAAGGACAAGGACACCAGCAACUCGCACUCCUCGGACGGCGAGAGUAACAAUAAUAAUAACAACAACAAUAGCAGUAAACUGCAGGACAACAAUCAACGCAUCAUGUUGUCCCUCAAGGAUAUCAGACAGCUGAACGCCAAGCCAAAUGCCACAUCGACGCCCAGCCACACGCCCAACUCCUGCACACCCGGCAACGGACUGCUGUCGUUUCCUCCACCUGGUCUGCGCCCACCCGGCCUGCCCGACAGUCCACCCUGUCACAUGGAGGCGUUAGAGGCGCAAAUGCAUGCCGCAGCCGCUGCUGCUGUGGCAGCUGCUGGCGCCGGCGAGCAUCCGUUCCAUCACAUGGAGCAUCAGAUGGAGAUGUCGCUGGCUGCGGCUGCCGCUGCGGCGGCGAUGCAUCAGCGUGAACCGCGUGAUCCUCGCGAGACGCGAGAGCAGGCCAUGCAGCGGGAGCACAAUGCAUUCGCAAGCAAUCUGCUGGGUCCCAUGGGACUGCCACCUUUCGGGGGACACAACGGGGUGCCGCUGGGCGGACCUGGGUCCGGAUGUCCGGGUCAGGCGCCGCAUGAGCGGCUGGAGGAGAGCAUGAAUCGGUUGAGUAAGGAGUUCGGCAAGGAGUUUGGCAAGGACUUCGGCAAGGAGUUCGGCAAAGAUUUUGGCAAGGACUUUUGCAAGGAAUUCGCGCCCACAUCGCCAAUGAGCUUGCCCGGACACUUUAAUCCACCGGAUGGGCAACCGCAUCCGCCGUCGCCGCUGCCCUUUCCCGGCAUGUCCUCGGCGUUGACGCUGACGCCGCCGCACAUGUUUGGCCUGGAUUCCCCGUUGGGUUUGUUUCCCCCCGGCAUUGAUCCUGGCAAACUCUACAAUCCGCUGAUGGAAAUGAGCGAUCCACGUGACAUGCCUGGAGGUCCGCCGCCGUUUCUCAAAAAGAAAAUGCCACGCCCCAAAGGACAACACUCGGCGCCACGCGGUGGCCCGCCACGUUCGUGGACAAACACCGAACUGACGGAGGCACUGCAGCAUGUGUGGAACAAGAAGAUGACGACGUCGCAGGCGUCGCGCAUAUUCGGCAUUCCCUACAACUCGCUUCUGAUGUAUGUGCGCGGCAAGUAUGGCAAGAGUCUGAAGCUAGAGCAGCUGCGCAAGGACUGCAUCAGUGGUCCGCCCAUCGAGAUGCUGCAGAUGGGCAUCAGCGGAGGCGGCGGCGGCAGCUCGAAGAGCGAGAAGAAGGAACGCAAGGAGAAGGACAAGGACAAGAAUGGUUCAGGCUCCAACUCGGCCAAUUCCAGUGGCAACAAUGGCUCUGCCGGCAAUCCAAAUGCCAGCGGUCCAGGUGGUCCUCCACCCUUGCCACAUCCCAACGAUCUGGGACCUCUAGGUCCACUGGAUCUGGAGCUGGGACUGCCGCUGGGUCCGCCAGCUGGUCCACGCAGCGGCAGCUCGGAGCCGGAUCUGCUCAGCGGUCCCAAUGCGCUGUUCAAUCCUUUCAAUCCGCAAGGCUUCUACCCGGACUUUGCCGGCGGCUUCCCUGGACUGCCGCUGAGCAUGCUGAAUCUGCUGCCGCCAGCUGAGCGGCAUCAUGCCGCGGUGGCCAUGCACCAUCUGGGUGUCAGCAUGGAUGAGGACUGCAAGUCGGUGGGCUCGAAGCAAUCCUCCUCGCUGGACGAUGACUUUGCGGCCUCCGGUUUGCCGCUGGCCUUGGAGCAGCGACGCCACAGCGAGGUAGGAAGCAAUGGAGCGCAGGCGUUGGCGCAGGCGAAUGGUGCUGGGCAGGAUUGAAAUAUGUGGCGGGAUUGGGCUGCCAACCCAAUGUUCUUCCCGCCCUACGAGCUGGACGAGGCUGCCACCCACCACUCACCACCUGCCCCGCUGCAGCCACCGCCACCGCCGCCUCCGCUCGGUUGCCGUGACUUCAACUUCAAUCCGAGCUUAUUUAUGGCACGACGCAAGCUGAAGCGUUAUCGGGCCAAGCGCGUCCAGAUGCAGAUGCAGGCACCAGGAGCAGGGGGAGGAGCACCUCCGCCACCGCCUUCAGCAUCAGCAACGAGACCACAGCUGCCUCCGCCGCUGCGAACUUAAAUUGAAACUGUGAACAUCGACAUGUGAAAAUUGAAUGCAAUAUGUGUGUGUGUGUGUGUUUUUUUGUAAAUGAAUUAAUUGUGUAGUUAUUUAUGAAUUUAUGCAUUAAUAAUUAUUUAGUUUUUAUGCUAACGACAAUAUUCAAUGAACAAUUUUCAUUUCGUUUUUAUGAUAUGUAUGUUUAAUGUAUAUUUUUUUGGCUGGUGCUUUUAGUUCCUAUUCCCGAUUAUAAUUUCAAGUAUUAAUUUACAUAUUAUACAUUUAAUUAAUUUUUAAUUUUAAGCUAAGUAACUGAAUAUGGCAAAGCUUACAAAGCAUUUGAGGCAAUACAUUGAAAUACAUUUGAAACUUUGAAAUGAUUAUAAUUUAUUCGAUAUUAUGCUUAAUUAUAUAUUAAUUAUUGUAUUUAUGUAAGUAUAUGUAAUUCAGAAUGAAAUAAUCAAAUCAAAAACAUAACAAUUGAAAGCUAUUCGCAUAUAAGAGAGUAUUGUAAAUAUUAUGAACACAACGAUAACCAAACCAAGCAGCAUUAGGGGUAUUCCAAUUGCAAGCCAGGACACAAAGUGAAUCGCGAUGCGAGUAUUGGAGACAAUGUGCAACCCAAAGUAGUAUUGGAAUAUUGGCAUAUUGAUAUUAGUACUUUAUGUAUGAUAUUCACGAUGACUGUACCAAAAUUUUUAAUGUUAUUCUAUGAACCAGCGGCAAUUAUUUAGUUGUAGUUUAACUGUAUUUUCCACUAGGCAAUUUCUAACUGUAUAAAUCGCAAUCGAAAUCUGACAAAAAUUCUUUAAUCAAUGCCCGACAACAAAAUUAUGAUACGAUGUCGAUGGGUUCGCGCGUCAUUCACAAAACAUUGCAUACAUACUUCACGUACAUAAUAAAUAAACAUUAUUUGUAGAAGUCGCUAUGUAAG